AUGGAUUUUGGGUUGGCGUGCUAUGAGCAAACCUCUUUUCUGGAUUCAAAUAAGCCCAAGGACGAAAAGGGCCAUGGAUCUGGGCAGCUGAAGCACCAAAGAUCCGAUCUUUCUGAGAAUAACAACAACAACGAUGAUGUCUUGAAGCUGUUCAAGAUUCCCAUGCCUGGGGAAGUUGAUUUUUCUUCGAAGAAGGCGAAAGGGAGUUUAUUUAGUACUCCGGUCGGGAGAUCCGUUCCGUGGUUCCCGGCGGACGACGGAGAUGGACAUAAAAUGCUCUCAUUUUCGUCGGAGGCGCCUCAUUCCGGCGGCGGCGGCGGUUCUAGCCGUAGUAUAGCGUUUUCUAUUUACCAGGAUGACCAUUAUACUAGAGCACGAGAAUUCGGGCUGAUUGGGGGUGGCCGCGGGCCUUUUGCGAGGCUGAAAGGACCCUUUACUCCCUCCCAAUGGAUGGAACUCGAGCAUCAGGCUUUGAUCUACAAGCACAUUGUGGCGAAUGUGCCGAUUCCUUCCAAUUUGCUUGUUCCCCUCAAACGAUCUCUCUAUUCUUACAGUUUGCCCGGUUCUUACUACCCUAAUUUAUUGGGGUGGGGCCCACCAUUCCAUCUAGGUAUCUCCGGAAGCAACGACCCAGAGCCGGGUAGGUGUAGGAGGACAGAUGGCAAAAAAUGGCGGUGCUCGAGAGAUGCCGUCCCUGACCAGAAAUACUGUGAUAGGCACAUCAAUCGAGGCCGCCAUCGUUCAAGAAAGCCUGUGGAAGGCCGCACUGGCCACGCUCUCUCUGGACCAACCACCGCCUCCAAGGUGGUGCCGCCAGCUGGCUGCCAACCCUUGUCGACGGCAGACAAUGCGUCUGCCGGUCUAAGCUUGGUCCAGCAGCCCAACUCUGCUACUGCUUCCACUGACUAUUUCUCUAGCAGGUCACAAGAAUUUCAAGGACUCUCCUUGAUACCUCCCACGACAACAACCCUGAAGCCCGAAGCCACACCAUUCCCCAUUCAAAAGCAACAACAUGUUUCAUUCCAAGAGCCGUCCAACUCGGAAUUUGGGGUCGUCCCGUCAGAUUCCCUCCUCAAUCCUUCCGGAAGAAUCUCCCCCGCCCACCAUUUCAUGGAAGAAGGCUCCUGGCCCGACCAGCUCAAACCCGACUGGACCCAGCUGUCCAUGUCUAUCCCCAUCUCGGAUGUUCAGGUGAAGCCCGGCCCAUCUCUGCAGGAGCUCGAUCCAGUCAUCCACAUGGGCCUAGGAAUUGGCCGCGAUCUUGAUGGACCGGCCAACAAGCCCGUUGCAUGGGUAGGGGGCCCUUUGGGGGAGGCUCUUAGAUCACAGGCGGGGUCGUCCCCUACGGGUGUGUUGCAGUUUGUUUCUCUAUCUAACAGCAGCUCGGGCUCCGGGAGCAGCCCGAGGAGUGGUGGGCCCAGUAAUGAUGCGUUUGGGUCGGCACUCCUCAGCUCGGCUGCUUUUCGCUCCCUGUAG